GAACUGGUGCAAAAAUUUAACUAAAAAGAACAAGCCUACUGACACCGAAAUACUUUGACAUCGAGCACUGAUUGGUGAAAAAUCGGUUAUAAGGAUAAAAUUUACUCCUAUCACCCCUUUUCCAUCAAUUACGCCCGAUCAAAACGCAUAUGAUCAGUGAUCAGGCGAAUUUGUCGGCCAUGUUAUCAUUUUAAAUUCGCCAAGUUUUACGUAUCAGCCGACGUGAUUCAGCAGUUUGAUUAUUUAAUUCCCGUGUAAAUCGUGAGUUAUCGUGCAGUUUGUCGUCAACGUUGUUAACAAUUCAUUCGGACAAGCUUAAAUAGAUAGUUAAGAAUACAUUUGUGAUAUAAUGACGAUCAAGGCGGUCUGUGUCCUGCAGGGAGAGCCUGUUAAAGGGACCGUGUAUUUUGAACAAACGGAAGAUUCAAAUACGGUCAAGGUAUCUGGACAAGUUUCCGGCUUGCAGAAAGGCCUGCAUGGUUUUCACGUUCAUGAAUUUGGCGACAACACCAAUGGUUGCACGAGUGCAGGUGCUCAUUUCAAUCCGCUAGGAAAAGAUCAUGGUGGUCCAAAUGACAGUGUGCGUCAUGUUGGAGAUUUAGGAAACGUGGAAGCUGGUACUGAUGGUGUUGCAAAAGUUAAUAUCACCGAUGCUAUGAUUCAGCUCAGUGGAGCGCAUAGUGUCAUCGGACGAACUCUUGUGGUUCAUGCUGAUCCUGAUGAUUUGGGCCAGGGUGGUCAUGAGUUAUCAAAAACUACUGGCAAUGCUGGUGCUCGUCUUGCUUGCGGUGUUAUUGGCAUCACAAAGUAAACAUAUAUAUGCUAUUUUCUUAUUACUUGGUUUCCAAUAUGUAGUCAUGUCAUGCAAGUGUUACUUUUCCAAUAUAAUAUGAUGAAAGUUUUGUUCUUAGAAGUUAACAUUAAUGAUAAUGAUAACAUUAAUGUUAAAAUAUGGAUUUAUGUAUGUUGCCUAUAAAACUAAAUAGAAAAAUAUAUAUACAGAACAAAAUAUA